GAGGGAGGAAGAAUCAAGGGGAAGGGAGGCUUUGUGGGUCCGUGUGUGUAUGUGUAUGUGUGUGUGUGUUUGUGCGACUGUGUGUGCGCGUGCUAGCCAGUGUCUGUGACUGGAGCCCGCUGCUUUCCAAGCUCUCCCUUUCUCUCCUACAGCUGCUUUUGGAUCCAUCCCGAACCUCAACACACACACACACACACACACAUACACACACACAUACAUACACACGCACACACCCCAACAGCCACCAACUAACCACCCCCACCAGCUGCAGCAGCAACAGCCUCCGCCGCCGCCGCCUUGUCACAUGCAGCCAGCCAAAGGGAGAUUUAACAGCAAGGGUUGGCUGUGCCUCCGCUUUCCCUCCUUCUGCAAGGCGAUCCUAGCCAAGCAACGGCGCUGAUAUGUUUUUAUUUAAUUUGUCUUCUUUCUUUUCUGGGAGGCUGAGGGGGGUGGGGGGACAGUAGGGAGUGCGGACACUAGAUGAAGGGAGAGAUGAAGAUUAUUGUUCUUUUUAAGGAUGUCUUCCUCCUCCUGCCUCCCCCUGCCGCCUCUCCAUUGAGCCUUCCUACAAGAGAAGAUGAACCAGAGUCAGAGAUGUAGAGAGCAAAAAACAACACGAGCUCCAUCCAGCUAGGAGGACCCUCCUCUCCUUGGAGGGGAGGGGGAUUUCCAGCGACACAUCAUUGGUGAAGGGAAUCGCAGAGUGAGCAGCCCCCUGAGAGAGGGGGGAAUCCCACAGCCCUUUGUGGUGCACAAGCCAGUGCUGACUGCCGAACGUGGUCUGUUUGAGCAAGUUAUGCCAAUAGAAAUACACUUUGAGAUGGAUUAUUACUUCAAUUGAAUAUUCUACGACUCAUUCUUUGAAGGAUAUUGGUUCUUCAUUCUCAUCCAGUUCAAAAUGGCAGAGAAGGCUCCCCCUGGCUUGAAUCGAAAGACUUCAAGAUCUACUCUUUCCCUUCCACCAGAACCUGUAGAGAUCAUCAGAAGCAAAAAUUGUUCCCGGAGAGUUAAAAUAAAUGUAGGGGGCCUAAACCAUGAAGUGCUAUGGAGGACUUUGGAUAGACUUCCAAGAACGCGAUUAGGGAAGCUCCGAGACUGCAAUACUCAUGAAACCCUGCUGGAAGUGUGUGAUGACUAUAAUUUGAAUGAGAAUGAAUAUUUCUUUGAUCGGCAUCCUGGAGCUUUUACAUCCAUUUUAAAUUUCUACAGGACAGGGAAACUUCACAUGAUGGAAGAAAUGUGUGCCCUCUCUUUUGGUCAAGAGCUUGAUUAUUGGGGGAUUGAUGAAAUAUACUUAGAAUCUUGUUGCCAAGCAAGAUACCAUCAAAAGAAAGAACAAAUGAAUGAAGAAUUGAGACGAGAGGCAGAGACUAUGAGAGAAAGAGAGGGAGAAGAGUUUGAUAAUACCUGUUGUCCUGAGAAACGGAAGAAACUCUGGGACCUGCUAGAGAAACCUAAUUCAUCGGUGGCUGCAAAGAUUUUGGCCAUUGUAUCCAUUCUAUUCAUCGUACUAUCCACCAUUGCCCUGUCUCUCAACACCCUACCUGAACUUCAAGAAAUGGACGAAUUUGGUCAGCCCAAUGACAACCCACAGUUAGCACAUGUUGAGGCUGUCUGCAUAGCCUGGUUUACAAUGGAGUACCUUUUGCGCUUCCUGUCCUCACCAAAUAAAUGGAAGUUCUUUAAAGGCCCAUUAAACGUCAUUGAUUUACUGGCCAUUUUGCCAUAUUAUGUCACCAUUUUCCUCACCGAGUCCAACAAGAGUGUGCUGCAAUUCCAGAACGUGAGGCGGGUGGUGCAGAUCUUCCGUAUUAUGAGGAUACUCCGGAUCCUGAAACUUGCCAGACAUUCAACAGGCCUCCAGUCGUUAGGAUUUACUCUGAGACGGAGUUACAACGAAUUGGGCUUGUUGAUACUCUUUUUAGCCAUGGGGAUAAUGAUAUUUUCCAGUCUUGUGUUUUUUGCAGAGAAGGAUGAAGACGCUACCAAGUUCACCAGUAUCCCUGCCUCAUUUUGGUGGGCCACCAUCACCAUGACUACUGUAGGGUAUGGUGACAUCUAUCCUAAAACUUUAUUGGGAAAAAUCGUGGGAGGCCUCUGCUGUAUAGCUGGGGUGCUAGUGAUUGCUCUUCCCAUUCCAAUCAUUGUGAACAAUUUCUCUGAGUUUUACAAGGAACAAAAACGUCAGGAAAAGGCAAUUAAAAGGCGGGAAGCCCUGGAGCGAGCUAAAAGAAAUGGAAGUAUUGUUUCCAUGAACUUAAAAGAUGCCUUUGCUCGGAGUAUGGAACUUAUUGAUGUGGCUGUGGAAAAAGCAGGAGAUUCUGCCAACACUAAGGAUUCCACGGAUGAUAACCACCUAUCUCCAAGCCGAUGGAAAUGGGCCAGGAAAGCAUUGUCUGAAACCAGCUCCAACAAAUCCUAUGAGAAUAAGUAUCAGGAAGUGAGUCAGAAAGAUUCCCACGAACAACUCAACAAUAGUUCUUCAAGCCCUCAGCACUUAAGCGCUCACAAACUGGAGAUGCUUUAUAAUGAAAUCACUAAGACAACCCAGCCCCACUCACACCUGAACGCCUCUGACUACCAAGAGCAGGCUGAAAAACCACCAGUGUACAAAGAGGAGAUUGAGAUGGAGGAAGUGGCCUGCCCUCAGGAGCAGCUGGCUGUGGCCCAGACAGAGGUCAUCAUGGACAUGAGGAGCACCUCUAGUAUUGACAGCUUCACCAGCUGUGCUACUGACUUCACAGAAACCGAAAGAUCCCCCCUCCCACCCUAUGCCAGCACUCACUUACAGAUGAGAUUCCCCCCUGACCCCACAGGGGCAGAAGAGCACCAAAGAGCCAAGGGACUCCCAUUUUUAACCCUCACCAGGGAGAAAAGUUCUGCCCCUAGAGAUGCUACAUUUGAAUAUACUCCAAUUGACACCACUGGGAGCCCAGACUCAGUAGUACCCCAGUCUGUUCUGCAUGGUCCUCUGCAGUUUGACAACACAACAGAGAGUCCAAAAAGUUCUCUAAAAGGCAGCAAUCCCCUAAAGUCCAGGUCCCUGAAAGUGAACUUCAAGGAGAGCAGAGGCAGUGCCCCCCAGACCCCACCUAGCACUGCCAGGCCCCUGCCUGUCACCACCAUGGCAGACUUUACUCUACCCACACCCCAACAUAUCAGCACCAUUCUCUUAGAGGAGAAUUCUCCCCAGGGCGAGAGACCCUUACUAGGAACUGAGGUCUCAGGACUCUGUCAGGGACCUGCAAAGGGUACAUCCCCUCUGUUUCCCAAACAAAAACUAUUUCCUUUCUCUUCAAGAGAGAGGAGGAGCUUCACUGAAAUAGACACUGGAGAAGAUGAAGACUUCUUAGAGCUCCAUGGAGCCUCUAAGGACAGGCAGACAGACCCCAGCUCAAAUUGCUGUGGGGAUAAGCAUAGUGAUGGAAGAGACCCUUUAAGAGAAGAGACCAGUGCUCUCUCUUCUUCCCCACAAAACACAAGUCACAACUGUAUGCAAGACAUUUAUCAAGCUAUGGGCGAAGUAAAAAAGGACAAUAAUCAAGAAGGGUACAAGAUGGAAAACCAUUUGUUUGCCCCAGAGAUUCACUCAAAUCCUGGGGAAACAGGUUAUUGUCCCACACGUGAAACCAGCAUGUGACUAGUUAAAAAAGCAAUAAAAACUUGUUUCUUAAAAACUACAAUUAGUAAAGCCUAUGAACUAAAAAUGGGAAGCCUCCCCCGUCUUUCCCCUCUCCCACUAAAACAAGUGCAUAAGAUGUUAUUUUUGCAUGGCAUGAACAGUUUAGUUUAAAUACUGUUUAAAUAAAGAGUCGAGGCUGCUUUUUGUAACAAACAACCUAACACAAAUGACUUCAAAUCAGUGGAUAAAAUAAAGAGAGCUCUAUCAGGAAUUGGCAUUCUGCAACGUCUGACAUUUUUGAUCCUUUCACUUAAUUAGACAAAUUUUAAACUUUUAAUUAUUUUUCAGAUUCCAAUGAAUUUUAGAAUUUGCACAUGAAAGGAUGAAAUGUCAAUGCAUGCAUUCAUAACAAUGUGAAAAAAAAAAGGUGCUUCGAGCUUGCAAAAUGCAUCUAUUUGUAAAUAAUGGAUCUGGGGGAGCCAAAAAUCUCAAGAAUAUACGGAAUUAAAUUUCCAGGGACACAAGUACUUCCUUCAUAGCCUGAUGCCAGGAGGAGCUGUACAGACUUAUGUUGCAAGAUUGCAACCUCUAUUUAAAGUAUUUCAUGUACCUUGCUUUCUAUAAUAAGGCUCAUUAAGUCUAUUAGUUUAUUUAAGGGAAGACAGUAUUUUUAGUUCUCUGUGCUAUGUCAUAGGGUGCAUUUUUUUUAUUUGCCUUUGUUUAAUUGUGGCAUUUGUGGUUUAAACUAUAACUCAUGAGAAUAGGCAAGAUUUAAUGACCAGAAAAUAAAUCAUUUGAAAUUUUAUAUUAAAAUUUGGCAAUACCUAGUCAUCAUGGAAAAUACCCACCAUAGUUUAGAGCUAGAAGAGAACUCAGGAGUCAUAGUCUCCCUCCCCUUGUUUUACAGAUCAAGAAUUGGAGGUCCAGGGGGUACAAUGACUUGCACAAAUUCAAAAAGAUAAUAAGCAUCAAAAAUCAAAUUAGAACUCAGGUCCUCUGACUCCAGAGCCUCCUGCCAUAAUACCAUGAGAAACCAGAACAUAAUUGAAGUUUAGAGCAUUUUACCAUUAAUGAAGCAUUUUCCACACAAUGACUUCCACACAAUGAUCUAAGUAUUAUGAGUGAGUCCUUGUUACAGAUAAGAAAACUGAUACCCACUGAAGUUAACUGUUAAUCCAAAGACUCAUGGUCUAUGAAUGGUAGAACCAGUACUCAACCUAAUACACCCGCCAAUUUCUGGGCUCCCAGUCCAGUGCUUUAUAACAUACUGCCCAAAAUUCUAUUUAACAAUAGUUUUUUUUAAUGGUCAUUUUGAUCCAAUCUUGUUAAAAUAUGAUUAUCUUAGAAGCUACUACAUUUUCCUCAGGUCCAAGAUGGACUGUCUCUCUCUCCUUUUGCUGACAUUCCAAUAGGCUCAUGAACACUUCUUCUUCCUUAAAGAGAGUCUUCAUUUAAUCUUUGGAUGAGUGAAGAGGAAAUAGUCACUAAAGAUGACUACUAUAUUGCCAAUGGAACACAUUUUGAGGUGCUGAAAAAUAGCCCUAUCCUAAAAAAUAAGAAAUCUCAUUUCUCUUUUAUACUAUGCCAUUAGCUUGUUUCAGAGAAGUCACCAAAACUCUCUUCGCUUCAGUUUUCUCAUCUGUAAGAAUGUGGUUUAAAUGAUUUCCUGUGUGCCUUCUUUUAGCUCUAAAUUUCUAUAUUGCAGUAGUUUUUCAGAAAUCUCUGAAAUCUGCUUGACUUUAAUUAAAGAUAUGUGAAUGUCUGGUGAGAGAUACACAGUUCAGAAUACACUGGACCAAAAUACAAGCACAAAAUAUUUUUUAUAAGAAACUACAUCAUAAAUUUUAUUACCAAGUCACUUUCUUUUAAUGAUGAAUCUAACUUAAAACUUUUACAAAAUAUGAUUUCUUUAUGAAUAGAAUCUGGUCAUUAUCUCUCAAUUUUGAAUGCAAUUUGAAGGAGGGGUUCGUAGUUGAAAUACAGGUAGCCCUACUGUUGAAUAUAAUUUUGCCUAUUUAUUUCCCACUGUGCUUACAACUUAAAAUAAUUUUCACAUUUAAUUAUUCUGAAACACAGCUCUUACAUGUUAUGAUCAUUAAUCACAUAUAUUUAUUUAAAUUGUUUCUUAGUUGAUAUUUUCAAUGACUAAGACUAAAUGAGAAUCAGUUUUUAUAUGCUUAAAGUGUUGGUCUGUAUUUUCUAUAGACAGUUUUCCAAAAUCAAACCUAAAGGUAUUUUCCAGAAUACUGGCCUAUAGGUUAAAUAUAAACAAGACCCAAUCGCCACUUUACAAUGUGUCUACAUGAAAUGAGGUGUUGUUGGGGUUUUUUUUCUCUGAAUGUUCUGUAAUAAUGGGUCUCUUUAAAAAUUACAAAGGUAAAAUAACUUUGUGUCAUUUGUCUACAUGAUACAUGUUGAAACGAAGAGUGCAGACAGUUUUCUGGGGUGAAUUUGUCUUACUGCCCAAAACAAUUCAACAAUGAUGUAUCUGUUAGUCCUACUCCAGGUUCUGCCCAAAGACCCUAACUCUACAACCCAUGAUUUUGAAAGCUUCCUCUCAGAAAAGUGACCUCUUCAGCCCUUUUCUUUAAAAAUUAUUUUAUGGUUGAGAAUUUUAAGAAAUUCUGCUACCCUGAGCUCUUCCUCCAAUUUUCCCUAAUUUUUUAUUGUCAAAAUCUUUAGUAGAAAAGAAAAACAUUUUAUUCUUCAGACAAACAAUCUCACAAAGAAAUAUGUUCUUGAGUCUGAAGGCUUCCAAGAUAGUCUGGAUAGUAUACUGAAAGCUACCUGGAGAUUAUUGAUCCUAGGGAAUAUUCCUUACUGUUAGCUACAACUUAAUUCCUGUUGAUACUUGUCACUGAGCAAAGAAUGUGUGGAUCUCAAAAGAAAUAGUCUAUGACAUGGAUGAUCUGCUCAUUCUGUUAAAUCUAGCAACUAAUAUGGAUUUUCACAAGAUUUGCUUGGCCAUAUAAAUUCAUUUUAAAAUAAAAAUAAAGCUAUUAGUUCAGCCAUGUCAUUGCCUAAUUUGCUCAGAAUAGCUUCAUUUAAACUGCUUACCAGAACAUUGAUAGUUCAUGAACAAAGAAGAAAUCAAAGUGAAUAUCUAGUGUGUCACAAGGAGGAGUGAGUGCCUGCCAUAAGCACUAAAAGUUAGGACUAGAAAAGUCUUCUUUAAAUGGUAAGGAAAAAAAACUACAUUGGACCAUGAAGAUAUUAACACCCAUGAAUGGGUGCUAUUCCAUGUGUACAGACUUAGAGGAGCAAAUUAUCAGAGAAAACAAUAAUGAUUUGAAAGUUUAAGUAUAUCCUCUCAAACUACCAAAAAUUCACAAGGAGGUUUCAAGAGAUUAUUUUGUAAUUACCCCAGUUUAUUAAAAGUAGUGUUUGGCCAGUUAACUACAUUCAUUUAUUUUAAAAAUUAUUAUGGACAGUGAAUUGUGGUCAUUUCAAUUGUUAUCAAUUGAAUUACAUUGAUAUUUAUGAUAACAUGAAAUUUUGAAAUUAAAUCAUUAUAUUAUUGUUGCAUUUAGGAAAAAUAUAAUUUUGUAUCAUGUAGCAGUUUCUUCUUCUAAGACUUUGGACAUGAAAUACAUUAGACAAAAGAUCAUACUAAACUAAUUGUUUCAUUGAAACAAAAAGUAAAAUGUACUUGCAAAUACUUUUAAGCUGUGUUCAAAAUAGUAAGGAAAAUAUCUUCCCUUAAGAGUAGAUUGAAGAGGAUUUUGGAUUGUUUAACAUAGUUUUAUUCUAAGAAUGUAAAAUCAAUAAAUGCCUAUCAAAAUAAUGUAAUGAAUAAAUGAAAUUCUGAUUUUUAAAUAACUAUUUUCCUAGGAAAUAAAUGGUGAAAUUGAUUGGUUGCUAUGAAUUUCACCAUGUUGUCUUUAUGAAAUCCAAACUGUGAUUUCAUAAAAUUUAUUUUAAAGAACAUAUAAAUAACUAUUUAACCCAAUAAGGGAUUAGAUUGCUUUUCCUCUAAAUUAAUUUUAAAAUAAUUGCUUUCAUUUCUAUUUAUCUAGAGAAGUUGCCAAAUUAGUACAGGAAUUAAGAAAAUCUCUAUGAAGAUUUAUAUUUUUAAUUAACAAUUUUGCUUAUAAUAUUAAAAGCCAAGGAUUUUUAAUGAUUAUUUUACUUAAUAGCCACAUGUUAACAGCAAAAUAUUGCUGUUUUUUUAUUUUGGAAGUAGGUUUUUUUUUGUUUUUUGUUUUUGUUUUUUGGUAUUCAAUCUUUAAAUUCAUAUAGAUUUAAAUUUUGGUUAAAAUUCUAAAACCAACCUUCAUUCCUUUCUGCCUGCUUACCCGUCCAUUUCCUUCUUUUCUUCUUUCCUUUCUUCCCAAUUGCCUUUCCUCCUUCCUUAAUUUCUACCUUCUUUUCUCCUGAAACAAGUCCUAUGAAACUUGAAUGAAAAUGGAAAUUUGAAAAGAAGGCACAUUACCAAUAAAAAGGGGGAAGAGUUCUAAACCCCAAAAUCUUAGAGCACUUCCUAAAUUGUUGAAUUCCAACUUAAGAAAUAUUACCAUUUGUUGAUUGAUUUCAAUUUAUGCUACUUGCCUGACAUAAUUGAAUAAAUAUUUAUUUUUCUAUUAUUGCCAUUUAUGCAUAACUUCUUUACUAGUCUUAAAAACUUUUAGCCUAUAAACAUGUGUAUAUAUUUUUUUUUAAUAAAGAAAAAACCCUUCUUUAAUAAUAGGGCAACACCGGGUGGCCAGGAGUUAAAAACUCAACAAAAGGGAAAUAUGGCACAGAAAAUAUAAGUUAAUAAGAUGUUUUAAGCAAGGAAAUAUAUAUAUAUAUAUAUAUUUAGUAUACAUGUGAAUAUAUUUAUAUAAGUAAAUAGAGGCAUAUAUUAACAAGAAUUUCAGAAUUGUGAUUGUAAAUCUAACUAUUAAUCCUCUGUUAAAGAAAUCACUAGUAAAAAUAUUUUCAUGCAUAAAGAAAUUCUGUGACUGGGUACUGUCUAGUUCAAUGGGAUGAGCUGAGGUCUCUAUAAAUAUGUAGGUUUCUUGAGUUUUUACUACAUGUGUUUCAAUAUUUCUCUUCAAUAGUCCCCUAUUUUAUUCAAGUUCUAAUACUUUCCCUUUUCUAAAGAUAAAGUCCAACCUUCCAUUGCAGUAUCAUUAGAAUAGGAAUACUAAGUUCUAAUGAAUGGCCAAAAUCUAUUGAUAGUAAUGGGACUUGUCCCAUUAGUUUCAAUGAGAACUUGUCUAUUAAAACAACCCCUUAACCUUGAAAGGAUGUUGUUAGAAACAAAAGAUUCUGUUGCAUAAAGUCAUUUCUACUUAUUCAGGCUUUUUUAUUAUAAAAAAAAGAAUAAAAAUAUUGAAUGAUGAAGUGAGGAGCAGCUCCAAGAAGGACUGACUCUGGUAUAGACACAAUUUGUAUAGAUAGACUUCUUAAUAUAGUCAAUAUAGCUCAACAAUAUGAUUUGAAAGAAAUUACCCACUCCCAUAAUGGGUAUUUUGUGAGACAAAAAUGAAAAAAUUAAUUUGUCAGGAAAGUAAGUGGUAAUCAAGAAGAUAAAUUUGAAAAGAAAAAUCAAUAUCUUCCAUCACUCACUUACCAACAAUAAACUCAAAGCAAUAGUUUUAAAGACUGGCAUUUUAGAAUCAAUCAUUUUAUAGCUGCAUUGUAAAUGUUAUCUUUCUCCAAAGUUUUUGGUAAAACUGCUGCCAGUCUUCUGUGGCAUCUCUCUUGGUACAAUUCUAUAUAUUGCCAUUAGAUUGAAUUGAAGCUCUGACAACAGGCUACCUAUAGUUCAUUCAGAACCCAAGUCUUCAGGUGUCUGGAGCUAUACAAACUCACACCUUAAGAAUCAACAGGAGUCUAGAAGUCAACUGAAAGCACCAGUUUGUAUUCAUUAUGGACCUCUUUUUUUAAUGAUUUAAUUUACCAAUUGAAUCUAAAAUUUCAGUUCAAUUCAGUGACUGCAGGUAGAUUCAUCCUUAGUUAAUCUUAUAAGAUAGGUCCUAAAAAUCAAGAUUUCCCAAAGCAUUGAAUGCUGUUUAUCCAGGGUAAUGUAGAAGGAAUGGGGAGACCUAGAUGUGAUUUCAUCAGUGUGGGGAACUUCAGUGUGUACUAAUCUGUAAUUUAUUAUAUAAUCACUGAAAUGUUAAAUGACUUGUUCCCAGUCCCCACCACAGUAUAUGUAAGAAGGAAGAAUUAAACCCUGGGUCUUUUUUAUUCUGAAGUUGAACUUCUAUUCCCUAAGUCAUGCUGCCUUUCAUGCUAUGGGCCUGUGUAUUUUUUUUUUCUUUUAAUAGCCAACUAAAAACAAAUAUGGACUUUAUUUUUUUAGACACCACAUACUACUAUACAGGAUUCACUAGUAACAAAAUGACCUAUGCUAUGCACAUUCUCUGGAAUCAUCAGUUUUCCUGUUCAUUUUUAAACCUAUUUUUAAAAAUUUAUAGAACAUUAUCUUUGCAUUAUGAUAUCCAAAUUUUAAAAUGUAUGCAAAUUUAAAGCAUCAUGAUAUUAAACCAUAAACAAGUCAGAAGUAAAUGUAUAAAAGAAGUUUUUUUAGUAGUAAUGAAAUGCUAUUAAGUCACUGAAACAUUCUUUUUUUUUUAAUAUUAAGCUUUAGAUUUAACUGCAUAUGUUUCCAGCUGCUAAUGUUCAACCUGAAACUAUGUGUGUGUGUGUGUGUGUGUGUGUGUGUGUGUGUGUGUGUGUGUGUAGUGAAAUAGGGAAUGGAAGUCCUAAAAUGCCAAUUGAUUUAAUGUAUUUUCAAUGGGAAAAAAAAAUUAUCCUCUACCUAAUUGGUACUAGUCUAUUAGGAAAGACAUUUGGGAAGCUCAAUUAAUGUUUCCAUACAGAACCGGACCACUAAUAUUUUGGUGACCUUUUCCUUUCUAUCAAAUUCUUCCUGGACUGCUUUAGAAGAUCCCUAUCUAAAUUCAUUCUUCAUCACUCCUCCUUCUCAUUUCUCUAAACCCCUCAACAAAGAUCACUCACUUAUUGGUCAUAGAACAGUUAUCAAUAAAGAAACACUCAUUACAAAUUAGAGCAUAAUGGAUUUAUGCAGAAGAGCAACUUAGAACCCAAGAUUGACGAGUGGGGAGGUUGUGAGAGAAUUGAAGAUUACAGCAGAUUACAGAGGAAAAAAUGAUAAAGAGACUUAUGUGAAUACAGCAUAAAAGUGACCUGAUAAGAGUAAAGAUAGAUUUCCUCAAUUUUUGUUGCUAGCAAAAGAACAAUAGUUCUCAGGAAAAAUAAGGCAAAUUUUCUGUCUCUACACCAUACACCUGAUUUUCAAAGAUAAAUAGUUUCUUAAAUAGGAGGGAGAGGGGUUAAUAAAGAAAUCAUUACUGAGGAGUGGUAUCUGAGAUGUCAGAGAAUGCCCAAUUGAAGAUAUCACAAAAUUCUAGUAUAUUUGAUAAAUGUAACAUUUCAACCAAGGAAAAUAGAUGC